UGAGCACAAGAAGACUUCAAAGAGCGAUGGUGAAUCCGGAGGUGAAGGUAUAAUUGGUGUACUGCUAAGACUUAUGAAAGAGGGAGGCCUUCAAUUUCUAAUCACUAACGACAACAUCAAAGCUAUCAUUUUUGACAUCUUUGGUGCGGGAACAGAUACUUCAUCAACAACAAUUAACUGGGCCAUGGUGGAAAUGAUGAAGAAUCCAAGUGUAUUUUUCAAAGAUCAAGCAGAGGUAAGAAAAAUCUUGAGAGGGAAAGAAAAUUUUGGUGAAAUUAAUGUCGAGGAGUUUAAAUUCCUAAAGAUGGUCAUUAAAGAAACUUUUAGACUCCAUCCUCCACUACCUCUUUUGCUUCCAAGAGAAUGUAGAGAAGAAACAGACUUAAACGGCUACACUAUUCCAUUGAAAACAAAAGUCGUGGUUAAUGUUUGGGCAAUUAGAAGAGAUCCAAAAUAUUGGGAUGACGUAGAAAGCUUUAAACCUGAGAGAUUUGAACACAACUCUAUGAAUUAUAUUGGUAAUAAUUAUGAAUAUAUUCCCUUUGGCAUCGGAAGGAGAAUUUGCCCUGGAAUAUCAUUUGGUUUAGCAAAUGUUUAUUUUCCACUGGCUUAACUGUUGUAUCAUUUUGACUGGAAACUCCCUACUGGAAUCAAUCCAAGUGAACUAGACUUGCUGAGGCGGCUGGAGCAGCUUGUGCUAGAAAGAAUGACCUACACUUGAUCGCUACUCCUUAUCAACAUUGUCAAAAGUGAUCUCAUGGCGUCAAACCUUUUCUUAAAAGAAGAAUCUUGCAUUUGAAUUUCCUUGUCAACCCUACCAUCGUACUUUCUCCCGU